AUGGCUGUCGCAGGCCCCAUACCCACCAUUGUUGGUGCUCUGAAAUGCCAAAAAGACUCAUAUCUGCAGACUUUCGAAACUGAGGUGGUUUCUUGCAGUGAGUAUACUGCGCCGGAAGCACCGAACGCAGGCAAAUCAAAGACGAAGAAAUCCACCGACCCAAGCAAGUUUGAACAAACAGGAAGCUCGAAGACGUGGCUCGUCGAACUAGCAGAUUCGGUUCUGUUUCCCGAGGGCGGCGGCCAACCUACGGAUCAUGGAUCUAUCAUACCUUUGAACGAAGAUAAGGCAGAUCCUAUUGCCAUCACAAGUAUUCAACGCCAUGGUCUGCAAUGCAUACACUUCUCGCCUGCGCCUCUUGCGCCGGGCACGAAAGUGAAGCAGACCGUAGAUUUCACUAGACGCUGGGACCACAUGCAACAACAUACCGGGCAACACCUUCUCUCAGCUGUUAUGGACAGCUUAGACCUUCCAACACUCGGUUGGAACAUGGGCGCCGCAGGUGAAAUGAACUACAUCGAAUUGCCGCGAAAGCCAUCAGACGAAGAGAUUCGGAGCAUACAGAACAAAUGCAACGAGUUGAUCAGAGGCAACAUGUCAAUCACAGUCGAAACGCCAGAAGGCAAGGGCAGCGAUAGUCUGCCGUUAGACUACGAUAGAGAAAAGGGCGUCGUGCGAUUCAUAAAAAUAGGCGAUCUCGACUACAAUGCUUGUUGCGGCACACAUCUGAAGCAGACUUCACACAUCGGGGCUAUCCUCCUUCACCACACGGCAUCUGUGCGAGGCACAAAUUGUCGCUUGUACUUUACUGCCGGUGAUCGCGCAAUUAACAUGGCGACCGAGUCAAUCAACGGCCUGCGCUCAAUCGCCGUGUCGCUCUCAACGAGCGCUGCACCAGCAGAUGUUUCAUCCGCUGUGCAAAGACUAGGCGAUCAGGUAUCUGAAGCAAGGAAGCGAGAGAAGAGGAUGUUGGCCGAGAUCGCGAAGUUCGAAGGUGAGCGCAUCAAGAAAGAGCUGGGCCAGAUUGAAUGCGUACUAUCAUAUCGACCCACAGACGGACUGGACUUUAUCAAUCUGGUGAUUUUCGAGAUCAAGGAAGCGGUCAAGGAGCGCGUUGUCGUGUUAUGCUCAGGUGAAGUCAAAACAGCUGGCUCACUUGUUGUUCUAGGAAAACCUGAAUUGGUGGAGAGCAUGGCGGCCAAGGUCAAGAAUGUAGUGAGUUCAGUCAAGGGCGGCGGCAAAGGCGAAAAGUGGCAAGGGAAGGUCACAGAGUGGCAGAAGGGUGAAAUAGAGGCGCUGAAGAAAGCGAUAGAAGAGGUUUGA